GAAAAGAGAAAUGACUUAUGACGUUAUGUAUAGUUUUACGUUAACGUACGUUCCGUUUGACGCUAAAAUUAAUUACUAUGACGUUGUGUUUUACGCUAGUUUCGUAGAAACCCACAAAUAACAGGAAGACCUUUUUCGGCCGGAUGUCUCUAGAGGUUUGGAUUGAGCACUUCAAGUAAUUAAUCAUGCAGCAAGAUAAUACGUUGCCGUCUUUGGAGACCACCCAAACAGCGCUAGAUCAAAUUGAGGAACUCAGGGGGAAAAUUCAUCUUAAAGAAAGAGAUGCAAAGGCGUGUUAUGAAAGUGCAGAAACCAGGAAAAUAUACUAUGAGAGACUGAUUGCCAAACUAAGAUCCGAAAACAAAAACAAGAGAGUGCAGUUAGCCAAGAGUAUCAAUGGAGACGAAGAAGUAAUCAGAACAGUGUUUAACAACAGAAGAGAGGAACUGUUGUCCAUGCAGAGAUGCACAGUUGAAGAAGCGAUUAAGACCAUGGACCAGAAGGUCUGUGAAGCUAGUAAGCGCCUCAACAAUCUGCUGUACCAGAAGGCGGACCGAGAGGAGAGAUACCAGGAUAUGCAGACCCGGCUCGAUAGGAUGAUGCAGAUAGACGCACAGGACUAUGAUUUCGAAAGGAAAAGAGAAAUUCGAAGGCUGCAAAACGAAAUGGAUAAAGCCAGAAUUAAAUACGAAGCUGCCAGAAACAUCACCAAACGGUAUCAGGAAAUCAUGCGCUACAUGGAAGAGGAGUGUCGCCUUUACCCGGCGCGUCUGGACACCAUGGAGUCGGCAGUGGUUCAGGCCCGGCAGGAAAUCUCCGUCUUACGGCGAAUGAACAAAAAAGCUGUUAACAGCAAAGAGGAAGCAAAGAAAGAGCUUCAUUUCAUGGAGAGAGACAUGUACCAAGCAAAACGUGCACGAGACGCCACGCUGAACGAAACCAAAAAGGAAGUGGAACGGCGGAGAGAACCGGUGGUGGAAAGGGUGGAAAAGAGGGCGAAAGUAAAUAUCAUCAUGGAAAAUACGGAUGCAAAAGCAGCUAAGCUUCAGACAGAAAAGUUUGAGAGGCAGGAACAGCUGUUAACACUUACCGAGGGAUUCGAGAAAAUCAAAAGCGCCAUCAAUGUGUCAGACAUGGAGGACAUUGUGUUCAGAGUAACAAACCAGGAAUCCACACACGAACGAUUGCUUCAACAGAAGAAAGAGAAAGAGCAAGCAAAACUCAGACUUCAGGAGGAACGCGAGAAGCUCGUGAAAAUCUUUGAAGAGAUGAAGUUCACAAGUCAGCGCCAACUUGCAAAAGGUAGAAAGAUGGUGGAUGACAUGCACGAGUUCGUAGCAAAAGAUGAGACGAAAUGUGCAGAGGCUGUAAAAGAAAUGCAGGAAAACGAGAAGUUACUGAUAGACCUACAGUUCGGGAUUGCCACACUUUAUGAUAAACUGAAAGAUGUCAAACUAAAGCCACCCUAUCACAACUUUAGUAAGGGUGAUCCGGUAGAUGACUUGUCCAACUGUUCCCGUAAACUAGAGCUACUGGCUGAGAAGCAAGCCAUUCGAGAGGAAGUGCCAAAAUUGUCCAACGCAUCAGACCAGUUUAAGCUACACGAUUAUCUGGAAAGCCAGCUCACUCCAGACAACGUCCGGAUCCGCGUAGAGAGAGAUGAAGGAAGCGAUGAAGAUGAGUUCCGCUUCGAUCACGAUCUCGAUAACGAAGGCCUACUCACCAGGGAUGAUAUCAAAAGACUAGGAAGAGAGUUACUGAACUCCAAGCUCAAGCCUAAGAGGAAGAAGGGAAGGAAGCAACGAAAUUAACA